UUAACUGUGAAUAGCGCUGGAGGCCUGUGGCUGUGUGGCUGAAGCGGCUUCUCUCAGGGGAGUGACACUGAGCUCCAAGAUAAUGUUGUCGCUUAGCUCAGAACGUGUCUGACAGUCUAAUGGUCUGUAUUUGAGCAGUUUUUGUUUUUGUUGUUUUUGUUUUUGUCGAUUGUUAACUUCCCAAACAUGGACACAGCGGGCCCCCAGGCCCUAUGUGACCUCUGCUUGGCUCAGGUGUGUCGAAGCCUGGACGCUUUGUGCAGCAGGCGAGCAGACGGCUCCCUGUACCUCAGCUGGGCCCCGCUCCUCCCACCGGAGAUGGCUGACCAGUUGCUGCACAGGAUGGCGGCUAUGGGGUUACUGAGCGACAGAACUGUUGGGAUCUUCCGAAACUGCAAAGAGCUCCGCCUGCGGCGAGCUUUCAUCCGUAGCUGUUCAGUUUCUGCACAAGCUUUCCGCCUGGCCCUCUGCCCCCACCGGCUGCAGGAACUGGAUGCCUCCUGGAUCCCCAGCGACAUCACUGGGGCCAGCAUCAUUGCAGGCCUGGCCUCCAACCCAGAGUGCAGAUCCAGCCUGCAGAGGUUGUCGCUGAAUGGGCUGCAUCUGGACUACGAAUCUCUGGGGGAGGAUGGAGGGGCCCGUGUUGGCUUCAGCUCUCUGCAGGGCCUGAGGACACUCAACCUGGCCCACACAAACCUGACUGAUGCCAUCCUGAAGGACAUCUGCUCUCUCCCUCAGCUCGAGAACCUGGAUAUCUCUUGUAGUACUGUUUCAGACCUCACCGCACUCCUGGAGUGCAGGAACACCCUGAGAUCGUUGGUCGCCCACAGGCUCCGGCAGCUGGAUAUGUCGGCAGCCAGGCUGAUCUUUGUCCUCAGCCAGCUUCACGCUCUCAGGCAUCUGGACUUUUCAGACGACCACUUUGCAGGGAUGUCCGUGGAUGACAGUGAUGGGAGGGAGGGGGAUGAGACAGUGCGGCAGCUUCUGGAAGGGAGUCCCCAGGUCCUCCCUGCCCUUGUUUCUCUAGACGUGUCUGGAAGGAAAAGAAUCACAGAGGCCGCACUCAGGGCGUUUGUGGAGGCCAGGAGUGGGCUGCUUUUCUUGGGCCUGCUGGCCACUGGAGUUAGCUCUUGUGAUGUCGUCACUUCACAUAAGAAUUUAAAAGUAACUGGAGAGGCUAAUGAGAGCCAGAUCUGCGAAGCCCUAAGAAGGUAUAACGAGAGGGAGUGUUUUGUACGGGAAGCCCUUGUGCAUCUCUACAAUAUGACCACUGACAUAGACAAACCCCGACCAGACAUCCUAAAGCUGGUGUUGAGUGGGAUGCAGAGCCACUUCACAUCCCUGCACAUCCAGCUGGUGGCCACUGCGUGUGUGUUCAACCUUACAACUCAGGACCUGGCGGAGGCCAUGCCAGUCCACCUGCUCAGCUCCACUGUCACACAGCUGCUUUAUGCCAUGAUGAACUUCCCCAACCACCAGCAAGUGCAAAAGAACUGUUUGCUGGCACUCUGCAGUGACUACAUCCUUCAGGACGUCCCUUUUGACAAAUACUUAGCAGCCAAGCUGGUGAUGAACUGGCUGAGCACCCACGAGGAUCCCACCCUGCAGAGGAUGGCUGUGGCUGUCAUCUCCAUUCUGGUUGCUAAGCUGUCCACCGAGGAGACCUCACAGCUAGGCAAUGAUAUCUUUAUUAUGAAGCAGCUGCUGGGUAUUGUGCAGCAGAAGGCUAUGGCAGGAGUGGUGGACACCACUCUGAAAUUUGCCCUGAGUGCUCUGUGGAACCUGACGGAUGAGACGCCCACUGCGGCUCGGCACUUCAUCCAGUGCCAGGGCCUGGAGCUGUAUGAGGAGGUUUUAGAGUCCUACCACACUGAAUCUUCCAUUCAGCAGAAAGUUCUGGGCCUUUUGAACAACAUAGCGGAGGUGGAGGAGCUACAGGGGGAGCUCAUGGAGGAGGACCUGGUGGAGCACAUCCUCAGUCUGCUUCAGGACUCCCAGAUGGAGGUUGGGGUCCGCUACUUUGCCGGGGGGAUGCUGGCGCAGCUCGCCUCCAGACCAGAGGCCUGGACCCUGGAUGAUGAGCUUCGCACCACCAUCCUGGAGCAGCUGGUUUCAUGCCUCCAUAAUGACAUGGACCCGACCAGAGAGAGAAAUGGUCUCUUACAGGUCGUUCCGUCCUUUCUGCCCUCUGCUCCAGACUUCCCAGCCCUCGGGAGUGCAGCUGUGGGCAGCCUGGGCCAUACAUCUGGUCUGCAGUCAGAACACUACACAUUACGGCAGCAUGCUCCAGAAGGAGGGUGUCAUUGAUCUUCUGAAGGCUUUGGCUGCAGAUUCCGACACACACAGUGACAUCAAAAGACUAUCAGAGACCAUUUUGAGCAUGGUAGAGUAACACCAGAGGCACUCAGGGCCCUUCAGCAACCAGACAGAAGCUCAAAGUUUGAAAUGGAAGUGCAGAGAUGAUGAAAAGAUUUCUUGUUAUGUCUUUUAGCCAUACCCAGAGCUUAAUAGAGAUAUGAGUUCGCAGAUAUAUAUAUAAUAAUCCUAAUAAAAAAAAAAAUCAUAACAGUCCUCUUAGAAUACAUAUUUAUUUGGAUAAAUUAUGUAUUAUAAUGAAGAAAAGUUUUGGUGAUGAUUGGUUGCAGUCUGAACUCUUGGCUGCAUUAGGCUUUUCUUUUAAUCUACUUUCCAAAUGUGGAGAAAAUGAUGGAGCGUGAAGUUUGAAAGUGAAAACUGUUUACAGCAGAGCGGUGGAUGCCCUGUUUAACGUUUGUACGAAUUUGUGCAUAAAUUACUUUUUGGUUUAAAAAAAAAAAAAAAAAAAA